UUAUUUAUGUUAAAAUGAAGUGCGUUUUUGGCCUUGACCCAAUUUAUUUUAACGAGCUGUCCAGACUGUCGCCCGAUUCACAUGCAUUAUACCGAGUCCUCGUAAGAUAAGCCAGGAACCAAAUUGUCGGCCUGAAAAGAGACUCGAAAAAGAAAUCAGAACAAGAAAAAUAAGAAAAGUGACAGUGUGACAGCUUGAUUUUGAUUGAUCAUUGACGGAAGGAUGGACCCAGGUGGAUUGGAAGGUGAGAGGCGCGAUGUUCGUCGCCCAAUGAAUGCUUUCCUGAUCUUCUGUAAGCGUCAUCGCAGCAUUGUGAGGGAGAAGAACCCAGACCUUGAUAAUCGAUGUGUCACUAGAAUUCUGGGAGACUUGUGGGCAAACUUGAAAGAGGAUGAAAAGACCAAGUACACAGAUCUAGCAAAACAAUACAAAGAUGCCUUCAUGAAAGCCAAUCCAGAUUACAAAUGGCACAAUCCAGAGAAGUCAGUCACAGGCUCCAAGACAUCACCAGAUGGGUUCAAGAGUCUGAAAAAUGAGAUCAAUGUCUCCCUUGAAGGACCUAUUAUGCCUGGAAAACUUGCAGAUCCCUCUAAUAUGGGUGGAUUAAGCCUGCUUCUUAUGGCUGAGCACAGCAUGAAGCCAUCAACCAUAGACACAGGCUUAUCUCGGGCACUUCAGGCCAAAAGCAGUCUCUUUGAGAAGACUCUGACCCUUGGAAGUGGGGCAGAGCACUGUUCAUCUGAUAUCAUGGCUGUUAAACAGUCUGAUGUUGUCAAGGAUGGUGGUGGUGUUGGCAGUUGUUUUGGGGUGCAGCCUAGCCAGAUUUUCUCCUGUGUUCCUGAUGACAGCAAUUGUGUUAACACUGUGACAAAAAUUGAACCACUCAAGUUUGAGCCCUUAGCAAGAACAAACGAAAAUAAUAAUUCAUGCUGUAAUAUCACAAGGGAAAAAGAUACAAAUAGUGAAGUUUUGAAGGACAGUGGAGCAAGAAUGAAAACAUCUAACCUGGAUAAUACUGAACUUACAGCAUACGAUGGUGUGCUGAAGAUUGGUAAUGUCAAAAUAUCUAAGACAGAACGCAUUGAGAAAGAGAAUAUGACUCUUAUGUAUUCUCUGAAAGAAGAUGUGUGUAAUGGUAGAACCAAAGAUGAGUGUAGUGUAAUGACAUAUGAUAAGAUGGUUGUGAAUAGCAUUAUAGACAAAAUCUAUACAUCUGAAUCUAGUGCUUCGGAAAUAAAAGUAGGGGACUUUUGCGAAACUGAUCAUGAUGAGUGUCCAUCUAGUAGACAGGUAGAUGCCAAGGAUGUAUUGAAUGACGUUUUAAAAAGCUCUGUGAAUGAAAAGGGAGGGAAUCUUCCUUGUGAAGACGAACUUAAUGGUGAAGUGCAUGCAGAAAAUGCGGAAAACGAAGACAGUAGUGAUGAGUUUAAUAACAAUCUGAAGGCAAUGGAUUCCACAUACAUCCAGACAAGUCGCUGUAGAGAACGACAGAUUUCAGAGAGCUCAAGUCGAGGCAAUGAGUCUGGCGAGUACGACGAGUUGGAUGAAAAUCAGCCGCUGCGUAAGUCGCGACGCCGCAACAAGGGUGCACUCUACCAGAAGCUGAUCAAUGAUGGUAUUAUUCAGCCCUCAAAAGAACGAAUAGCUGCCAUGAGUCAUCCAACAAGCACAAAUGACAAGGCUGAGGAUGUGUCAGCUGGGAAGCAGCCGCUGUUCAACUCCUACAUUCUGCCUGAGACUGCCAUGCGUAGGUUCAGGAAACGCACCACCUCAGAGUCGGCGAAAGACAAACUGAUGCACGCGUACGAUGUCAAGAGAUACAAGACUGGUGACUUUGACCUGGAGGCCCAGAUCGCCACACUCCCUGCCUGCCCUGUGGAAAAACUGGGCAGGAAACGGGGCUUUGCCCGUCAGAGACACAGCAGCGAAUGUACGCACAACCAUAAACAGGACCUGGACCCUCAGGCAGGGGUUGGUCAUCAGCCCUCAGUGUUUGACCUGGACCGAAUGGUGUGUUUGCCGCCACACAUUAAGAUGCCCUCUGUCGAGAAUGGAGGGGAGCCCGUAGUUGGCAGCAGGAAACGCAAGGCCCGCAAACACAGUAUCACCCAUCUCUUGCCUGCACCAGCUAGCGUCGUGCAAAAUGGAAAUGGUCACACAAUCCUUAAAGUUCCAGCUUCUAGCGGGAAAAAUGAACAGAAUGAUGCACCUUUAACUAAAGCCAACACACCUAGUGACCAAUCAACACACUGUCUCUUGAAAUUAAAUUCUUGUGAUAAAGAAAUAAAUAAGAAGUGCGGAUGUGCUGGUGGCAACUGUGGAAGUGAAAUGUGUUCGUUGGAGUUGAAAAGGCUCAUUGACAGUAGGUGCUUAGAUGAGUCAAGAUGGGGUGGUGAUACGAAGUGUUCGAAUGAGUCAAAAGGGGACAGUGAUAGAAAUAAGUUGAAAUGGGAUAGUGACGUAAAAUGCUCUAUGGUGUCGAAACAGGAUAGACUGUCAAUAGGGAAUACUUGUGAAGACAUUGGCACGAAAGUAGGCUCAGUUGGUAUCAUACUUGAACAGAGUAAUGCUAUGAGGGUUGUUGGGGAGGGGACCAUGUUUACUGCUCCAUGUAAUGAAGCUUUCAUGUCAUAGUUAUAGGAAAGGAAAUCACUGUACAAUGUGAUAUCAUAGUUUUUGUUAAGUGUUGUAUAUAUGACAGCUGAACUAUUGAUCAUUGGGAAUGGUAUAUCGCUUUUUGAUGUAUUUUUAUACAUGUGAAACUGCUCUUUUUUGCAAAAAGGCUUGUUUAAAAAAAUGGUCGUUUUUGCAAUAUAACAUUCAAUUCAGAAUUGCUAGUGCAUUUUAUUUUUUGCUCACCUGAGCAUGCCAUGUUUUAUCAGUCGUGCUUUAUGCGUUUUGGUCAAUAUUUACAUUGUUAACACUCUAAAGGUCACAUUUAUUGUCCGAUCUUCAUGAAACUUAAUCAGAGGAUUUUUCCCAAUGAUAUCUUGCUGGGUUUGAAAUAGAAACAUGUGAGGUCAAAAACUAGAUCACACGGUAAAAUGAAUGAAAAAAGCUUGUGAAAACUCAAGAAAUUAUAUUUUUAUUGUAAAAUCUUUAUUUAACUUAGUCAGAACGAUUUUUCUAAUGAUAUUUCAGCUGAAUUUUGACAAUAAAAAGGUUGUGGUUUGUUGAAAAACAUAUCCAACAGAGAGGGGUACAAUUUUUAUACGCCCGUUUGUUGAUAAACCCUGAUCCCCUUUCGUUUUUGACGGAAUUCUGAAUUGUCGUUCCAGAGUUAUGGGACUUUGUUCGUCAAAAUUUCGUGAUUUCAUUGAAUGUCCUACUGUAGCUCAAAUAUCCUUCGAUGGAUUUUUUUCAAAUUUCAACACAAUCUUAAUAUUGAUAAACCCUGAUCCCCUUUCGUUUUUGACGGAUUUCUGAAUUGUCGUUCCAGAGUUAUGGGACUUUGUUCGUCAAAAUUUCGUGAUUUCAUUGAAUGUCCUACCGUAGCUCAAAUAUCCUUCGAUGGAUUUUUUUCAAAUUUCAACACAAUCUUAAUAUUGAUAAACCCUGAUCCCCUUUCGUUUUUGACGGAAUUCUGAAUUGUUGUUCCAGAGUUAUGGGACUUUGUUCGUCAAAAUUUCGUGAUUUCAUUGAAUGUCCUACCGUAGCUCAAAUAUCCUUCGAUGGAUUUUUUUCAAAUUUCAACACAAUCUUAAUAUUGAUAAACCCUGAUCCCCUUUCGUUUUUGACGGAAUUCUGAAUUGUUGUUCCAGAGUUAUGGGACUUUGUUCGUCAAAAUUUCGUGAUUUCAUUGAAUGUCCUACCGUAGCUCAAAUAUCCUUCGAUGGAUUUUUUUCAAAUUUUAACACAAUCUUAUUAUUCAUAAACCCUGAUCCCCUUUCAUUUUUGACGGAAUUCUGAAUUGUCGUUCCAGAGUUAUGCGACUUUGUUCGUCAAAAUUUCGUGAUUUCAUUGACUGUCCUACCGUAUCGGAUUUACCAUGUUACAAUGUUAAAUUAUCAAGUAUUCACAUAUUCAACUGGAUGAGAUUUGACUGGAACAUUGGAAUUCCAUACACACAUACUCAAAUGGGUGAGUUGAACAUAUUUUUUUGACAAAUAUUCCAGCUGUCUUCUGCCAACUGAAGUAAAAAAAUGAUUCAAAGGGUUAUUUAUUACCUUACUACUUCAUUGGCGAACGACGGGCGUAUCAUGCGCUCAUGGCGCAGCUCCUCAGUUCUUUUAUGGCUACAGUAAAACCUUGUUAACACUCUAGAAGUCAUAUUUAUAGUCCGAUCUUCAUGAAACUUGGUCAGAUCAUCUUUUCUUAUGAUAUCUAAGCUGACUUUGUAAAUUGCUCUGGUCUGUUUAACAAUAUGGCUUCCAGGGUUGGGGCAGUUUUCCUUGUAAGCCUCUAAAACUCACAAUGUUUGUUCAAUCUUCAUGAAACUUUGUCUGAAUAUUCACCCUAAUUAUAUCUCAUCCGAAUUUGAAACUGGGUCAAGUGAGGUUAAAACCUAGGUCAUUAGCUCAAAUGAAAGAAAAAGCUUGUUAACACUCCGGUAGUCAUAUUUCAAGUCAAAUUCCUAAAACUUGGGUCAGAAGAUUUAUUAAAAUUAUAUCUCAGCCUAGUUCAAAAAUAUGUUUGUGCCAAGUAAUUCAAUAUGAAUGUUUCAUUUAAAACUUUUAUUAUUCUGAACUCCACCUUUCAAGAAUAGUUUAGUUCUUCAGUUUAGGGCCAUUAUGGCCCUGGUCAUCUUGUUUCAUGAUUUUAACAUUUCUUGUGUUUUUUUGUCUGUAAAAGGCACAUUACUUUAUUGACAGAAAUCUAGUUGUGCUCACCUAUGUUUGGUAGGAAUUCAUGAUGUCUACUUCAUUUCUAUGAAAUGUUAGGACUGUGCAUCUAAAUACUGGUCAACAUGUAACUUACAAAAACUAACUUUCAUACUUUCUUGUUAAUAAGGUAUAUCUUGUUUAAGUCUUUGAAUGCGAAUAUGAUAAUGAACAUAAAUUAGCAUUUAAUUGAAGAGUCAGCUGUGUUGAACAUUUUUUUUAUGAAUUAACUCUUAAUUUAACAUUUGUGUUACAUAUGUAUUGACCAGUUGAUGAUUAUUGGGUUAUUUAUUUAUAAUAUUUAUCAUUUAUGUACACUUUUGCAUUUGUUACAUUUACAAAUUAUUAAUAUAAACUAUACAUAUUUCAAUUUUAGAGUAUUUUUUAAGGGUCAUGGUAACAGAAGGUUCCUUUACCUUAACAUGGACAAUAAAAUAUGGCAUAAAAUGUUAACUUCUGGAUACUGUUAAAACCCAUAUGCUUUCAUUACUCCUACUGCAAGUACAUUUUAUUUCAUAUUUGCACAUAAUUCAUGAUAUCUAUUACACAGUUAUGUUGUUUAUUGUUAACUUUAAUGCAUGUCUUAGUCAUUUGUGUUCAUGUCAGUUUUUUUUUUGUAUUCACAUAAUUUAUCAUUACAUCACCCUUUUUCAUGUAAAAUACUUGAUACACUCGUUUGAACACAAAUACAAGUUGCUUGUUUCAAAUGUUUUACAGAAUUGUCUGAAAUUGUUUUAUUAAGUUUCACAUACACUUGUUAGUCUUUAUUGCAGUGGUAACAGUUUCAUAAACACUGUCACAGUCAAACAUAAAGUUACUUUAAACUUUGUUAUCCAUGUUUGUAAUCUGGCUUGCUUUAUGCUAUUUCCUGCUUGAAAUCUCAAAUAUGUUGUAUUAGUUUAAAAAAAUGAUGGAAUUUUGUUUUAAGCAAUGAUUCACUGUGAAUACCUUAAGCAAAUAUUAAUAUUUAGCAAAUACCUGAAUAUUGACCAGUAGCAAGCAAAUACCUGAAUAUUGACCAGUAGCCAACACUAUUUUCCCUUUUCUUUUUUAGUCAAACCAUUUGAUUUUAAAGUGUGUGUCACCAUAAUUUCAAGAAUUAUUUUUAAUACACAUACAAUUCUAAUGUUGAGGUAUUAUAGCCCAUAUAAGCUACAUUCUGUGAUGGACAGUUUUACCUAACUCCAUUUACAUGUUAUGUGCUAUUAAUAUGCUUGUGAAUCAGACAGACUAUGAAUUAUACUGCUGAAGAUGUUAAUUUCCAUUGUAUAUGAGUGACUGCCUGUUAAUGUACUAGACUGUGUUGCUGUGACAUUGUACUUUUUGUUCAUUUUCAUAAGACUGGUAGUAUUUACUUCUGACCUUAUGUUUCAAGUUUUUCUCAGUAUUCAUUUACUAGUAAUUAAAAGUGAAAUUAAGUUUAGGAACUGUUAUUUUGGAAAAGCGAUAGCAAAAAUACACUUUGUAGUUCAUCAUGUUAGUUACUUUCUCUUGAAAAGUUUAUUUUUGCUUUAAAGUGAGAUCAGACAAUUUUGUCGCAUAUUUAUAAUUUUAUAUAUAAUGUGUAAAAAACUUAUUUUACAUAUAUUUCAAUAUAAAUUAAAAUAAAAGUUAAGAAGAACAUGCAUCAAAACAUGCGAAAUAAGCCAGAUAUUUAAUUCUGAAACUGAAAAUGUCUGUACAGUCGAAUUCACCAGCAUGUAUAUCAUGCGUGUAUGAUGUGAAUCUUAGUUUUAGUGCAGAUUUGUUCAUACGACACAAAGACACAAUUUUGUUUUACGGAUAAUUUUAAUUUCCUGCAAUGAUAUCUAUUCCUAGGACACACAAACAUUAACUCCGAUCCUAAUAAAAAGACGAAUGCUUCGGUUAUUGUAGGAAAAUAUGUACAAAAUAUUUUUGUCACAAUCGGCUCGGGGUGCUAAUUUGUCUUUGCUGCAUUUUAUGAAAUUCGUCUUCACUGUAUACUUUUUCUUGCCUAUUUUGUGUUAUUAUAACAUAUUUUUAUUAAUAUAUUACAAUUUAACACAUAUAAAAAAUGUAUAAUCUCGCUUUAAGUGCACACAUUACUUUGUGUUUGGAAAUAGACAAUGUCAAAGCACAUUUCAAAAAACGUAGAGUAAUUUUUACAAAUUAAAUAUCAUAAAUAUAUAUCAAUAUUUAGUUAUUUCCCUACUAAUGAAGUAGAGGAGUAUAUACUGGAUUCAGCAUGGAGGUCUGUCCAUCUAGGGCCAAUUAUUGUCACUCUUUAUAACAUUCAAACCAGCUUGGAUUGUUCCUUAUGCUAAUUGGGAAGUUAUUUAUGUUCAAUUUGCAUUACCUUACUCUUAAAAUUGCCAAAAUUAAGUCCCAAAUUGAACUGUGACUUCGGGGAACGCAACUUACUACUAGUAUGAUUACCACCGGCAAUGUCUGGGGUAUUUGUCACUUCCCUCUAUUUCUAGUUAUGUUGUUUAUACAUGCAUACAAGUGCUCAUACACAUCCAAAGUGCUACAUUUUGAAAGUGCUGUUAAUGUGAUUACUGAAUUGUUUUAAAUUGUGUAAACAUGUACAUGCUGAAUUGUAUUGAGCUACCUGUAUCAGUUUGUAGCAAUGCUUGGGUCAAUUGGACUGGCAGAUUGUUAUUUUUGUGUUUUAGAGAAUUCCAUAAAUGUUUUUCUAUCUUAUCGAUUCAUUGGUUCUUUUGUGCAGCUUUACAUCAUCUUUUACCAUAGUGACUCUUUUUAAUCAAUUUACAUUAGAAUGACAAUUGUAUUAUCUAUAAACGCAUACAUUCUUGAGUAGUAGCAUUAUAAUUUGUCUUAUCUGUUGGUUUAAAGAGAUUCAAAGUUUCCAUAAAUUGUUGGAGAAGCAUUGAUAGUGAAUGGAUGGGGUAUAAUGGUUUUUUGUCAGUCAGUCUGUGGGUAAACCUUGUUGGUUUUCAUUAAUUUUUUGUCAUUUGAAAUUUGAUCUAGAGGGGGCAGUGCUGCGAAAAGUAUUGCAUUUUUAGCUCACCUGAUUACUCAGGUGAGCUUUUGUGACCGGUCUUUGUCCGUCCAUCCGUCCAUCGUCCACAUUUGGUUUGUAAACACUCUAGAGGCCACAUUUCUUGUCUGAUCUUCAUGAAACUUGGUCAGAAGCUUUGUCCCCAUGAAAUCUCGGUCGCGUUCGAAACUGAGUCGUGCCGGGUCAAAAACUAGGUCAAUAAAAAGAAAAAACUUGUAAACACUGUAGAAGUCACAUUUCAUGCCCAAUCUUCAUGUAACUUUGUCAAAAUGUUUGUCUUAAUGAUAUGUUGGUUGAGUUCAAAAGUGGUUCUGGUCCGUUGAAAAACAUUGCCGCCAGUGGGAGGGGCAGUUUUCCUUAUUUGGCUAUAGAGAAACCUUGUGAACAUUCUAGAAGUCACAAUUUUUGCCCAAUCAUCAUGAAAUUUGGUCAGAACAUUGGUUUUAUUGAUAUCUCUGAGGAGUUCGAAAAUGGUCCAGAUCGGUGAAAAAACAUGGCCGCCAGUGGGCGGGGCAUUUUUCUCUAUAUGUAUAUAGUGAAAACAUGUGAACACUCUAGAGGUCACAUUUUUGGCCCAAUUUUCAUGAAAUUUGGUCAGAACAUUUGUUUCCUUGAUAUGAGAGUUGAGUUCGAAAAUGGUUCCGGUCAGUUUAAUAACAUGGCUGCCAGUGGGCGGUGCAUUUUUCUCUAUAUGUAUAUAGUGAAAACAUGUGUACACUCUAGAGGUCACAUUUUUGGCCCAAUUUUCAUGAAAUUUGGUCAGAACAUUUGUUUCCUUGAUAUGAGAGUUGAGUUUGAAAAUGGUUCCGGUCAGUUUAAUAACAUGGCUGCCAGGGGGUGGGGGCAGUUUUCUUAUAUUUAUAUAGUAAAAACAGCUUUGAACACUCUAGAAGUCACAUUUUUUGCCCAAUCAUCAUGAAAUUUGGUGAAAAGAUUGGUUUUAUAUAUAGCACAUAAUUAAUGCCAUAAUUAUUGCCCUUAUAUUGUCCAAAUUUUCAUUUUGUACAAAAUCCUUGUAAACACUCUAGAGGUCACAAUUUUGUUUCAGAUUUUAUGAAUCUUGGUCAUAAUGUUUAUUUUUGUAAGCAAAGUUUGAUGUUUGGUAAGGGGGUCUACUCAAAAUAUAGGUCACCAGGUCAAAUUUUACAAAAACAAAAUCACUCCAUAUGCCAGAGUUUUGGUUCAAUAAUGAUGAAACUUGACCAGGAUGUUUGUCUGGACAAUAUCUAGGUCAAGUUGGAUGUUUGGUAAAGAUUGAAUGAACCGACUCCUCUCAGGUGAGCGAACUAGGGCCAUCUUGGCCCUCUUGUUAUGUGAAAGCCAGAGUGAUGGUUGUGAACAAAAAUAUAGAGGUACAAUUUUGUCAGUGAUCACCUUACUCACAUUCAUGUGAAAAUCUGUCUGAUACCAUAAGCAGCCAGGGUAGUUCAAGACCAGCCUGCACAUUCACACACACUGGUCAUGAGCUGUUAUGUCCCUCAUUGAGGUUACUUGCGCAAUCUUCUUAGUAGAUUUUGUUUAUCAGCUUCAAUAGUAGAUGUUUUACAUUGUAUCAAUUUUUUGAUGAUCCUUCAUGAAGAAAUGUUGUUGAUGAUCUGUUUAUGAUGUUAUUGAUGAUGUGUUAUUGUUGAGUUGUUGAUGUCUAUGCAUUUUGAGCUGAUGAAUAAAUGUUGAAACAUGAUAAAA